AUGAGCACUGCGUCCUUUGGCUCAGGAGUGACCCUGAAGCUGGAGCCUCCUGGCCAGAAGGACUUGCUGCCAGUGCAUGAACAGCUUGGAUACCGGGGAGACCGUGGCCAGGGGGAGGGCAGUGGAUACCGGGGAGACCGUGGCCAGGGGGAGGGCAGUGGAUACCGGGGAGACCGUGGCUGGGGGGAGGGCAGUGGAUACCGGGGAGACCGUGGCCAGGGGGAGGGCAGUGGAUACCGGGGAGACCGUGGCCAGGGGGAGGGCGGUGGAUACCGGGGAGACCGUGGUCAGGGGGAGGGCGGUGGAUACCAGGGAGACCGUGGUCAGGGGGAGGGCGGUGGAUACCAGGGAGACCGUGGUCAGGGGGAGGGCGGUGGAUACCGGGGAGACCGUGGUCAGGGGGAGGGCAGUGGAUACCGGGGAGACCGUGGCCGGGGGGAGGGCAGUGGAUACCGGGGAGACCGUGGUCAGGGGGAGGGCGGUGGAUACCGGGGAGACCGUGGUCAGGGGGAGGGCAGUGGAUACCGGGGAGACCGUGGCCGGGGGGAGGGCGGUGGAUACCGGGGAGACCGUGGCUGGGGGGAGGGCGGUGGAUACCGGGGAGACCGUGGUCAGGGGGAGGGCAGUGGAUACCGGGGAGACCGUGGUCGGGGGGAGGGCGGUGGAUACCGGGGAGACCGUGGUCAGGGGGAGGGCGGUGGAUACCGGGGAGACCGUGGUCAGGGGGAGGGCGGUGGAUACCGGGGAGACCGUGGCCGGGGGGAGGGCAGUGGAUACCGGGGAGGCCGUGGCUGGGGGGAGGGCGGUGGAUACCGGGGAGACCGUGGUCAGGGGGAGGGCGGUGGAUACCGGGGAGACCGUGGUCAGGGGGAGGGCGGUGGAUACCGGGGAGACCGUGGUCAGGGGGAGGGCGGUGGAUACCGGGGAGGCCGUGGUCAGGGGGAGGGCGGUGGAUACCGGGGAGGCCGUGGUCGGGGGGAGGGCGGUGGAUACCGGGGAGACCGUGGUCAGGGGGAGGGCAGUGGAUACCGGGGAGGCCGUGGCUGGGGGGAGGGCAGUGGAUACCGGGGAGAGCGUGGUCAGGGGGAGGGCGGUGGAUACCGGGGAGGCCGUGGUCGGGGGGAGGGCGGUGGAUACCGGGGAGGCCGUGGUCAGGGGGAGGGCGGUGGAUACCGGGGAGGCCGUGGUCGGGGGGAGGGCGGUGGAUACCGGGGAGGCCGUGGUCAGGGGGAGGGCGGUGGAUACCGGGGAGGCCGUGGUCAGGGGGAGGGCGGUGGAUACCGGGGAGGCCGUGGUCAGGGGGAGGGCGGUGGAUACCGGGGAGGCCGUGGUCAGGGGGAGGGCAGUGGAUACCGGGGAGGCCGUGGCUGGGGGGAGGGCAGUGGAUACCGGGGAGGCCGUGGUCGGUGGGAGGGCGGUAGAUCCCUGGCUUCCCAAAUUGAAAUGCAUCCUUUGAAUGAUGGCUGUCUGGAGGAACGGAGUGCUGACUGUGUUGAAACGACGGUUCUGCGUGACUAG